AUGAAUGCGAAGUUGUGCCAUAUAUUAUGUCGAUGGUUUUCUAGUAUUCCUAGUGUAAGGAACCGAUUUUAUGAGGAAGCACGGGCUGUGUUUAAACCCAUAGAAAAAGUUUAUAACAUCUUCCUUGACAAACGUUGUUUGGUUACACCGAAACAGAAUCCAGUAAAGAUACAUUCUGAAGCACUUGCACUUGCUAUAGCAGAAGAAUGGAAUAUGCAAAAGGAUGAACUGAAGACAAAUUUAAUGCGGCUUACAAGCUUGAUUUUUACAGCUAUUGAUAAUCCGAUGUCGCUCGAAAAGUCCGAUCUCAUGUCGCAAGUGCUACAAUUUCUGGAUAAAGACACAAUCCUAUAUCGACUGGAAGAAAACACUAAUUUACUAGAGCUGGAAGAAACAAAUUGGAAUCCAGUGGUCGAAUGGGUAAACUGGAAGUAUAUCGUUUUUCCAGAAGCUGUGGUCGAUAAUAAUUCACGAAUUCGUUUGACAAACCAGCUAUCAGAUUAUAGUUUUCUACAACUACUCGGUUUACAAUAUGCUACUGAAUCGCUCAAAUCUUUGCUUCUUACCUUGGCAACCAUAUCGUCUCAUUUGCAUGUCGAUGAAGCUGUUGAACUGGCAGUGCUGGAACAAAAAUACCAAAGUGAUAUCUGGGGAAAAGUUGAGUGGGCUCAUGAUAUUGAACGAGAAGAACUAAUUUCACGGCUUUCGGCUGGUGUAUUAUUAGUGCAUUUGGGUGAUUUUGAACCAGAAUGUGAAACGAAAUUUCAAGAAAAUGAAAUUAUGAAAAAUGAUACAAAAGUUGUUUAA